GUUUCCAUUGGCAGCGUCACACUGGCAGUGUUGUACUUACUUCCUGGUUUCAUAUGGAAACAACAAGGAAAUUUAACAAAUUUCGUGAAAGUUCGCUGUAAAUAUUUAUUUAAUCUCCUGUAACUUGAUCAAAACGUUAUAAAUAUCAUCCGAAGCGUAUUAACAAUCGCAUGAAAACAAUGAGCCGAUGAUGACUUAGUAAUGAAUGACUGAGGGGAAAAGUGAGGACGUGUGCCACGUCACAGAAUUUCUGCGAGGUGAAGGACUGUUACAUCAAACCCCCUUAUCUCACUUCAACCUUACACCAUUGUACAAGCACCUCACACACCUGUGACAUUAGAGAUUUCAUCUAUCAGACGGCAAAAUGACGGCAUCAAAUUGGGGUCUGAUCAUGAACGUUGUGAACAGUAUCGUGGGUGUGAGCGUAUUGACGAUGCCCUUUUGCUUCAAACAGUGUGGAUUUGUAUUGGGAAUCUUAUUGUUGUUCUUCUGUUCGUGGAUGACCCACCAGUCCUGUAUGUUUCUGGUCCACGCAGCCAGUAACACCAAACGCAGGACUUACGCCGGACUGGCAUUUCAUGCUUAUGGAAAAACAGGCAAGGCGCUGGUGGAACUGAGCAUGAUUGGCCUGAUGCUUGGGACAUGCAUUGCCUUCUAUGUCGUAAUUGCGGAUCUGGGAUCCAACUUUUUUGCCCGGUUGCUUGGACUGGAGGUGACGUUCACCUUUCGUGUCAUGCUGUUGAUUGCUGUGUCGCUGUUCAUCGUGCUGCCGCUCAGCUUGCAGAGGAACCUGAUGUCAACCAUCCAGUCUUUUUCAGCCAUGGCUCUGAUCUUCUACACACUCUUUAUGUUCACGAUCGUGCUCUCCUCCUUCAAACACGGCCUCCUCAGUGGCCAGUGGCUGAACAAGGUCAUUUACGUUCGGUGGGACGGCGUCAUUCGCUGCAUCCCUAUCUGUGGCAUGGCCUUUGCCUGUCAGUCGCAAGUAUUACCCACUUACGACAGCCUGGACGAGCCUUCGGUGAAGAGGAUGAGUACCAUAUUCAAGUCCUCACUUAACGUGGUCACCACCUUCUACAUUACAGUGGGCUUUUUUGGUUAUGUGAGCUUCACCGAUAACAUUGCUGGAAAUGUGCUGAUGAACUUCCCAUCCAACCUGGUGACUGAGAUGAUCCGUGUGGGUUUCAUGAUGUCCGUGGCUGUGGGCUUUCCCAUGAUGAUCUUGCCCUGUAGGCAGGCCAUCAAUACCAUGAUAUUCGAGCAACAGCAAAAAGAUGGCACCUUUGCGGCAGGCUAUAUGCCACCCCUUCGCUUCAAGUGCAUCACUCUCUGCAUCGUCUUUGGCACAAUGCUGGGUGGUAUCUUCAUUCCUAAUGUGGAGACCAUCCUGGGUCUUACUGGAGCAACCAUGGGAAGUCUGAUCUGCUUCAUCUGUCCAGCUCUCAUCUAUAAGAAGAUCAUGAAGAACGCCUGGACUGCACAGCUGGUUCUUUGGGUCGGCCUUUGCAUCCUCGUCAUCAGUACCUUCACCACACUGUCCAUUUCCUCAAAUGAGCCCCAGAAAUUCAAACUCCCUCCCAUCUCAGCCAAGACAGAGGACAAAAUUCCCAUCCUGGACGUUCCUGACCUGCCUAAAGUACCUGGAGAGCAUAAGGUGGAUCCUGAUCCAGGUGAGAAGCCGGACUUUAUCAAGCCCCCUAUAGAGGUGGAAGAACCGAAAGAGAAGGUACUGGCAGAGCCUCCUCAAAUUAAUGUUCCAGUCAAUGAGCAAAAAAAUAAGGAGGAAGAGGUACAGCUGGACCGUCCUGAAGCAGCAGUGCCAGAUGGUGAAGCUCACCGUCAUGAGCCGCCCAUCCCACAUGACCGAGUUCAGGUAGAUGAGAUUAAAAACAAGGAGGAGCUAGAGGAUGAAAAGAGGGAGGAGAAGCGGCACCUUGCCAAAGAGGAGGAGGAGCUUCUUGCUGAACAAGGGGCGGGGCAAGCACAAGAGGUGGAGCAGGAAUCUAUUAAAAAGGAGGAGCCAAAAAAUGAUCCGGUGAAAAGGGGUGUUGAUGGGGACCAGCUUGCCGGCAAUGAGGUUUUGGAAAAGGUUGAUAAACCAGAGGAUCAGAAGAAGGUUGAGCCGGUGGUGGUGGUGGUCCGUAAAGAACCAGAGAACCAACCUGUCGUUAAAGAACAUGGAGAGAAAGAUGCAGUCGCAGAGAAGAAACCCGAGGAACCCGAACCUCAGGCUGAGAACCAGAAGGAACAGGUUCCUGUGCUGGAGCACAAAGAAGAAAAGGUUCUGGAUGGAAAAGAUGGAGGAGCGGUGAAGGAUGGAGAUGGAGAUAAGAUGGAAGUGAUUAAAAAGAUUGUCGCAGAGGGUCAGCUGGACCACGCUGUCCUGCUGCAGGUUAUUAUGGAGCAGCAAGAACAGCAGAAGAGACUUCUGGACCAGCAGGAGAAACUUCUAGCUGUUAUUGAGGAACAACACAAGGAGAUCCACCAAAUCAAAGAGGGUGAAGAAGAACCAAAGGCAGCAGAACAGCAGAAGAAGCACGCGGACCAGGAAGAGAAACACGUGGCUGUGCUUGAGGAGCACAAGGAGGUCAAUCAAAUAAAAGAAGCUGAACAGAAAGCACAAGCAGGAGAUGGUGCAGGUGAGAUGGACAACAUUGUGCACAAGCAGCCGGAUGUAUUAGAGACGGCAGAGAAGCCCAAAGUUGCCGCCGUCGAUCCAGACCAAAUGCAGCAGGCCCGGGAAGACCCUGCGCAUGUUGCUGCUGCUGAGCUAGCAGCAAAUCAACCCGGGCUUCCCCACAUCGAGUCGGUGCAAGAGGGAGGUGUUGUACUUUCCAAACAGGAAGAGCUUCCACUGAAAAACGUUGUAGAAGCAGUUCCUGCGGAUAAGGAGCUCGGAGCCCGAGGCGUCCCGCUACGCCAGCGCGAGCCAGACCUGCCCAGAGACAAUCCCGACGCUAUAGCCGAGGAGGAGGAAAGGCUAAAACAGAAAUUAGCCGAACUUGAAGCCGAGAAAGAGAGGAAAGAGAAAGAAAGGCUGGAGAAGGAGAGGAUCGAAAAGGAGGUCCAGGCACGCGUAGAGAAAGAACGGAAGGAGAGGGAAAGACGUGAGGAACUGGAGCGCGAGCAGGAGCUGGAAAGCUUGCGUCAGGAAAAGGAGCGGAUGGAGAGGGAAAGGCUUGAGGCCGAAAAGUUGAAAGAAGAUCGGAGAAUCGCGGAACAGGCGGAAAAUAAGAAAAAGGUGCUUGAGCAACAGGAACAGUUAGACCAGCUACAGCAGAAGGACGACGCCCCCGACCAGGGACGCCCACUUGAGAUGAAGAAAAACGGAGGUAGGGACUUAAAAGAAGAGGUAAUUGCACCGGAGGAGAAUGUUAAAGAAGUAAAGAGGAGCAGAGAGGAUGGAGGGAUGGAUCUCAGGAGGAGGCGCAGAGAUGUGGACCCUGAGGGGGGUGGAGGUGCUAGACUGGAUCCUCUGAUGGACUUGGGAGCGUCAGACCUAAACGCUGCCCUGGAGGGACGGCUGCUGGCCGGGGUUCAGGUGCACACGCGCCAACUUAAACAGACAUUUAAGAGUCAGGAGAAUGAGGACUAGAGUUGCAAAUUGAUCCAGAAUGAAGAUCUCAGACAAAUUUACACCCUGAACUCUUGGAUGUCUCACUGUACGUCUCAAAUGGACAUGCGGACAGGUGCAUUUAGUUAAGUAUGAAGCUACCGUGAGAA